AUGGAGAGCUUCAUAAUUUAUCUUUCGUGCUCUGUUGUAUGUUCGUUCUUUCUUUCGUUUCUGAUAAAAUUCCUGAGGAGAGUAUGGUGGACUCCGAUUCGGAUACAGUCUAUGUUGAGGUCACAAGGAAUCGACGGUCCUUCGUACAAAUUCAUCCAUGGUAAUUCCAUAGAGAUAGCAGACAUGGAAAGAAAUGCCUCGAGCAAUCCUACCGAAUUGUCACACCAUUUGUUGUUCCCUACUGUGUUGCCACACAUCUAUUCAUGGACCAAGCUUUACGGGAAGAAUUUUCUGAUUUGGCGUGGUCAUCAAGCUCACUUGGUGACGACAGAAAGUAGCAUGAUAACGGAGAUUUUUAACAAUAGAGCUGGAAUAUUUCCGAAAAAAGAUCGCGACGAUUAUUUAAAGAAGCUUUUGGGGGAUGGACUUGUUACAGUUGCUAUAGGAGAAAAGUGGUUUAAGCAGCGUAAAUUAUCCAAUCAAGCUUUCCAUGCGGAUUCUUUGAAAGGAAUGAUUCCUGGGAUGAUUACAAGUGUGGAGAUUAUGCUUGAAAGAUGGAAAAAUCAGAGUAGCAAUGAGGUUGAAGUACACGAAGAGUUCAAGAUUUUAACUUCAGAAAUUAUUUCCAGGACUGCUUUUGGAAGCAGCUAUAUGGAAGGCCAACACAUUUUCGACAUGCUAUCGCGCUAUGCUGUCAUUAUUUCAAAAAACAAGCAUCGAGUCAGAAUUCCUGGAAUAAGCAAUCUUGUGAAGACACAGGAUGACAUUAAAACAGAGAAGUUAGGACAAGAGAUAUAUAAAUCGUUUAUAAAUAUGACGAAGAAACGAGAAGCUGUCGACAGUUUUGGAAGUGAUUAUCUCGGAUUACUGCUCAAGGCGCAUCACGAAACUGAUAUGGCAAAAAAGAUAUCAUUAGAUGACUUGAUUGAUGAGUGUAAGACCUUCUAUGUUGGUGGACAAGAAACAACCACAAACUUACUCACCUGGAUUAUUCUUCUUCUAGCUACUCACCAAGAUUGGCAGGAUAAAGCCAGAGACGAGAUCCUUGAAAUCUUUGGCCGAAAAACUCCGUUUGCUGACGGGCUAACAAGAUUGAAAACGGUGAGCAUGAUUAUCAAUGAAACUCUACGGCUAUAUCCUCCGGGCGUGACUCUCGUAAGAAAGGUGAAAAAGCAAGUCAGACUGGGGAAGUUAAUUCUGCCAGAAAACAUUUUAAUGGAAAUUCCUGUUCUGGCAAUUCACCAUAAUCCUGAAAUAUGGGGAGAAGAUGCUCACCAAUUCAAACCAGAGAGAUUUGCAGAAGGCAUAGCCAAAGCUACAAACAACAAUGCAGCUGCCUUUCUUCCAUUUGCUUUAGGAGCUCGCAAUUGCGUCGGUUCGAAUUUCGCAAUUAUAGAGACUAAGAUUGCAUUGUCCAUGAUUUUGCAGCGCUACAGCUUUUCACUCUCACCAAAUUAUAUGCACUCACCUUAUGUUCUACUCACCCUGAGCCCGAAAUAUGGAUUACCAAUUAUGUUGCAGAAGUUAUAG